GUUGAAAUUUCAAAAACAAUCACCUCUGUGUGUGCGCUAAAAUAACAGAAACUCUCUGGCUCCUCUCUCUCCGUCCUCAUCCUUGCCGGUGACGGUCCUACAGAGCCCAAGAAACACCGCCGUCGCAUGCAAUGGACAAGGGCCUGAUCUCGGUGGACCGGUGGACGGGCUACAGCCAGGCCUACUUCUUGACUCACCUCCACUCCGACCACACCCAAGGCCUGUCCUCCACCUGGUCAAAGGGCCCAAUCUUCUGCUCCCGCCUCACCGCCAAGCUCUUCCCCUUCAGGUUCCGGGACUUCAACCUCUCGUUGCUCCGCGUCCUCGAUGUCGGCGUAUGGCAUUCCCUCUCUCUCUCUCCAACCUCCACCGGUACGCAGUCCGUCGUCCAGGUCCUGUCCAUCGACGCUCACCAUUGCCCUGGGGCAGUUAUGUUCUUGUUCCGUGGAGAUUUUGGUUGUUUGCUUUACACCGGUGAUUUCCGCUAGGAAGCAACUUGUAAGAGGGCAGAUAUAGGGAGGACCAUGCUCCUCAAUGCCCUCAAGGAUGACGUGGUCGACAUUCUUUACUUGGAUAACACAUACUGCAAUCCAUCAUAUGGUUUUCCGUCUCGAGAAGUUGCUGCUCAGCAGGUUGUCAAUAUCAUUGGCUCCCAUCCUGAACAUGACUUCAUUAUUGGGAUUGAUUCUUUGGGGAAAGAAGAUCUUUUGCUUCACAUUUCUCGUGCACUUAAAAUAAAGAUUUGGGUGUGGCCAGAACGCUUACAAACUAUGCACCUUCUUGGGUUCCAUGACAUAUUUACCACCAAUACCUCUCUUACGAGAGUGCGAGCAGUUCCUCGUUACAGUUUUAACAUUGAAACUUUAGAGGGACUGAAUGCAAUGCGCCCAACCAUUGGUAUCAUGCCAUCUGGUCUUCCAUGGGUGGUGAAACCUCUUGAAAGAGGUGACAAACUUUUUGGUUCUCUUUUAACUUCUCAUUACAACAAAAGCAAAUGGAGUGGAAACAGUGGGAACUGCACUGAUAAGCAAAAUGGAGGUCUAGGUUAUGUGGAAAGAUUUCAUGAGUACAUUUAUUCUGUUCCAUACUCGGAUCACUCAUGCUUUGCAGAGUUGGAGGAUUUUCUAAAACUUGUCCAGCCGACCAGCAUGAAAGGCAUUGUCUCUUCAUCUACUUGCUACGUUGAUCCUUUGUACUAUUUUGGCUGUCUUUGUGGAGCCAACAAACCAGCUCAAAUGUUACAUCACAAACAUAAGAGAAAAGAGAGAGUUGAAAAAGUUCCAGCUGUCUGGACCAGGACUUUCUUUAGCAAGGGUGUUUCUGCUGAGUCAGAGUGGAAAAGAGGAAGAACUGUGAAGGUUAAAUAUUCAGGUAUUCAUAUGAGCAGGAUGCGUGCGUUGAGACGAAGACAGUGCGGGGCAAAGAUAGUGGAAAAUGACUGUCCUGAUUGAUUGUUCAUUGUUGGCAGUGAAAAGGUGGUGGGUGUAUCCAAAGGUUGGAUGUAAUUCAACUAGAGUUCGAAAUUCCCCUGAAACUGGAUAUUUUUAUUCCUUUUCUCCCUCAUAUCCAUUUUAUUAUUUUCAUUGCUUUCUGUGUAACAUUGUAGAGGGCAAGAUAAGAAGAAACUAUUUCAUGGCCCAUUGCAUUUCUGAUCAAAAUUGUCUGAGAAAGUACAAUGCUGAUAACUUGUUGAUUAAUGAAGAACACGAAACCAUUCUUUUUCCUUGA